UUCAUUCUCCUUCGACCGAUCACUCCAAUCACCAAAUCAAAUCUUGCAUUCUACAACGAGUCAGGUUAACCUGAUUAGCUGCUUCCAGGGAGAAAUGGCAGGAAUUCUUGCGUAUGUUAUUAUCUUUCUUAUAACAGUAGUCACAUAUAGGUUCUUGAGAAGGCAAAAGAAAGAAUCCCAUGGAAGAGCUGAGACCGAGCUUCCUCCCGGAUCAAUGGGAUGGCCUUAUAUAGGAGAAACUCUCCAAGUAUAUUCUCAAGACCCAAAUGUGUUUUUUGCUGCCAAACAGAAAAGGUAUGGGGAGAUUUUCAAAACACAUAUUCUAGGCUGCCCUUCUGUUAUGCUGGCUAGCCCUGAGGCUGCUCGCUUUGUGUUGGUAACUCAAGCUCACUUGUUUAAGCCCACGUACCCCAAAAGCAAGGAGCAUCUUGUUGGUCCAGCUGCGCUGUUUUUCCACCAAGGAGACUACCAUACUCGUCUCAGAAAGCUGGUUCAAGCCUCAUUGUCUAUUAAGGCUAUUCGGAACUUGGUGCCAGAUAUUGAUGCCCUAGCAGCCUUUUCCUUAGAUUCUUGGCAUGGGGGGCAUGUUGUUAACACCUUUCAUGAAAUGAAAAAGUUCGCUUUUGAAGUUGGCAUACUAUUGAUUUUUGGCUGUUUGGAGGCUCGAUAUAGAGAGGAGCUUAAGAAGAACUACUUCAUAGUUGACAGAGGCUACAAUUCCUUCCCUACAAACAUCCCUGGAACCCCAUACAAAAAGGCAAUAGUGGCAAGAAAGAGGUUAGGUAAGAUUUUGAGUGAUAUCAUAAGUGAAAGGAAGGAGAAGAAGUUUCUUGAAAAGCAUCUCUUGGGUUGUUUAUUGAAUUCCAAAGAUGAAAAAGGACAAGUCCUAACUGAUGAUCAAAUCGCGGAUAACAUCAUUGGAACUCUUUUCGCUGCUCAGGACACCACAGCCAGCGUCUUGACAUGGAUUGUCAAGUACCUCCAUGACAACCCGAAACUUCUGGAGGCAGUUAAGGCUGAACAGAAGGCAAUUAGAAUAUUGAAAGAAGAAGGCAACCAGCCGCUGAGUUGGUCACAGACAAGGAAUAUGCCAAUUACAUACAAGGUUAUAUUAGAGACAUUAAGAAUGGCAAGCAUCAUAUCUUUCACUUUUAGAGAAGCAGUCGCUGAUGUGGAGUACAAAGGUUACCUCAUUCCGAAAGGUUGGAAAGUAAUGCCUCUGUUCAGAAACAUUCAUCACAAUACUGAAUUUUUUACCGAUCCGCAGAAAUUUGAUCCUUCAAGGUUUGAGGUUGCCCCAAAACCCUACACUUUCAUGCCAUUUGGCAGUGGAGUGCAUGCCUGUCCUGGAAAUGAGCUUGCAAAGCUGCAGAUGCUCAUUGUGAUCCACCACUUGGUUUGCAAGUUCAGGUGGGAAGUGGUAGGAUCCCAAAGUGGGAUUCAAUAUGGCCCAUUUCCAGUCCCUCUGCAAGGACUCCCCACCAGAUUUUGGAAAGAAUCUACAACGUAGAAAAGGCAGCAUGGAUGUGAAUUAUAAUAGCAGUAAUGGCGCCCCCCAUCCCCAUCCUCCCCAUUCACUAGUUUCCAAUUUAUAGCAUAUCCCCUUCCAAACUCUCAUGGGGAUAGGCGAGAGUAACUUGUUUCCAUCCAUUUCAGUUAAUUCUUAUUGUAAUUCAAAGCCUCUCUUUUUUUUUUUCUUCUUUUAGAGGCGAGCAAUUUAUAAGUCCAAAUUUGAUAUCUAUGAUAAUUGAAAGGUUUCAUUAGCAGACAAGUGCUAUUCCAAGUUUCAUAUUUAUCUGCAAAUCAUUUUCAGAAAGGAGUAGCAUCAUGUUUUAGUUUUCAUUGCUUGCCGUUUUCCAUAAAUCAAAACA